CCCCUCUCUUCGUGGUCCGCUCGCGCACGACUCGCGUCCAUACACACACCCUCAGUCAGAAACUAACUGAGAAACCGGCUGCCGGACCGGAACGAUCGGCCAAAACCUCCAUCGACUCAUUACGCGUUUGCUUAUAUUUUUUUUGUUUACUAUUAUAUACGCGUGUAUGACUCACAAUAAACAUAUGUAAGUGUAUCUCCAAAAGUGCAUCAAGUGUAAUCCCAAAAUAAUCUUUUUCAUUUACAUCACGGAAAAAGUGUCAAUUACUCUAUUUGACUGUUUUGCUGAAAUGUUACUCUUGUUAUUAUUAUGUUGGAGUAUUUUUUCAUUCAAUUAAAUGGUUUUUUAAUAUCAAUAUUGUGAAUUAUUUAUGACAUUGUGGUAAUUGAUGUUUAUGUGUGAGUGUUACAAUAUUUGUAGUCAUUUGGAAUAUUUGGAAUAUUUGAUAUUAUAUUUUAUUCGACUCGUUUACUUGUAAAGUGGUAUGGAUUAUCUGUUAUUAUACUACUAAUUCAGAAAUAAGACAGAAUAUGAGAAGCAUACAAUCACAGGAAAGAAGAACAUAUGAAAUAAAAUUUAAAACUGCAUCUAAGAUAAUCAAUGGAUAAUCUAUUUAUCUAGUCAAGCAUCUUAUUGAAAGAAUAAGGGGAAAAAAGAAUACUUUCUCAUUAAUCUGUGAUAUUGAAUAACAGGAAAGCAAAAUAAUAAUAAUAAUAGAAAUAAAAAAAAUAUUAUAUAAAAUACAGAUAUAAAUAUAUUUGCCGAGUUAAAUGUGCCAGGAAUAAUAGUUCAAUAAAAUCACAUAAGUGCAAAUUAAUUUAGUUUUAAAGAAAAAAUGUUUUAUUAUUAAUAUAAUAACGGAGAUUGAAUAAAAUACACGUACAAACACACAAUAUCACUAUGGUUAUCUUGGAUCCUGAGCAAAAAUUUGAAAAACAACAUUGUGGUCGGCGUAUGUGUGCCAUUUGUCGUCGUAUCAAGCGUGAUAAAGCAUUGAAAGUUAAAUUAAUGCUAAGGAGACCAAUCAACCAAUUAGUAGCUCAGGGUAUCAUACCAUCACUAAAGACACCACCUGCAUUUCAUGAACAACGUAAACAGUUGGAGCGUGCUAAAACUGGUGAUUUAUUGAAAGCUAAAAUUCAACAAAGACCAGGACGAGAUGAACUUGUAAGACAACAUAUCCUUGAAGAUGUUGGACAUGUUGAUCCUAGUCUUGCUGAAAGGCAGCGUAUGUUAAAGAAAGCACGACUUGCUGAUCAACUUAAUGAUCAACUUAGUCAUCGACCUGGUCCACUUGAGCUUAUACAAAAAAAUAUUCUUCAUACUGAAGAACCUAUAGAAAGAGCUAUUAAGGAGGGUCAUAUCCCAUUUAAAGCGACGUGUGAGGGUCAGUUAACUAAACCACAACAUCCCGACCAUUAUAUUAAUUUCGAGGAUGAUUCACAAAGUUCUGAGGGCACCCCAUCGUCGCCUGUUGAAACUCGAUCUGAUGUGUUAGAAACCGCAGCGAAAUCAGCUGGAAUUGUAACUGUAUCUCUUAAUAUUCCUACAACCGGUGGUGCUGUCGUUGUAUCUUCACCACCACCAACCUUCCAUCAAACGACUUGCAGUGAAUCUACCAUACAAACAUUUAAUGAAUUAUGUCAUACAACUGUUAAUAAUCGAUCGCCUCAGCAGCAACAAUUACAAUCACAUCAUCAACAACAGCAGCAACAACGAUCACAGAAACAACAGCAUGAAAAGCAACAUCAUCAACAACAACAACAACAACAACAACAACAACAACAACAACACCAACAAGAAAAGCAACAAUUACAACAAUUACAACAACAAUCUAAUCAACAACUUGGUCAGCAUCAAAAUCAACAGUAUACGUUGUCUCAGGCAAAUCAAUCAAAUGGUACAAAUGCAACUAUCUUGCCUCUGGUACCAGCACCUAGUCCGAUGUCUCUUGGUUCAACCACAUCAAGUCUCAGCCCCUUAUCAAACAUUUCAAUAGCAUCACCACCUGCACCACCACCUGCAUCAGUCACACCUAGACCACAACCUAGUCCAAUAGCGAUUACUGCGUGUCAACGAAGUGAUGCACCAGGAAAAGAUAAAAACCGAAAAAAAUCUAAAACUAAGAGUCAACCUAAAACACGUACAAUCAAAUUUCAUGAAUACAAGGGACCUCCAAAUGCACAAAAGACGUCUGUAUCAUCGUCUAGCACAGGUCUCAGUUCUGUAUCAUCUAGCGAAACUAGCUAUGAAUUACUUUUGCAACAACAACAGCUCUUUCUUCAAUGGCAGCUUGAGUGGCAGCACAAGUAUCCUAAAAUAAUUCUUCCGGCAGCACAAAAAUCAUUGUCGUUAACUAGUAGUGGAGCGAGUGAUACUGGCAGUAUAAGUGGUAGUAGUGUUAAUGCUCCAAGUCCAGCUCCUUCAAAUGCAUCCAACAAUCCCUCAGAACAACCACCAUUAAGGCCUCUAGGCAAGUUAGAAGACAUGAAAGUGAGCGAUCUAAAAAUAGAAUUGAAAAGGCGAAAUCUUCCAGUAUCUGGCUCUAAGCCUCAACUAAUUGAACGAUUAAAACCUUUUACGGAAUUAUCAAGCAAUAAUAUAUUAAAUAAUUCUAACGGACCUAUUGUUACACAAAUGGGCCAUAUUCUUAUGGAUAUUCCCGGACCAAUAACAUCUGACGAAUCAAGUUUACAUGCUAAAACUCCUGAAUCGCCAAUAAAAGAUGAACCUCACAGCCCUCGAGUUGAUUCUCCUCAUAAUAGUGAACAUGAUGAUCCAUCAAGUCCACCAGGAGAUGAUAUUAUUAAAGAACAACGAAAAAGAAUUGAAGAGUUACAGCGUGAACUAUAUAAAUCACAACAACAACUCCAACAAAUACGUCAAACACAACCAACAACAGUACGAGCAGAAAAGCUCGUUCUUCAACACCAUAUACAGAAUAAAAUGCAUCAACAACAGCUAGCAUUACAUUUACAACAAUUACAACAUCUUCAACAACAACAGCAACAGUCACAGCAUGAAAAGCAGCAGCAAGAAAAACAAUUUCACCAACAACAGCAGCAACAAAAAUCAAAUCAACAUGAAAACAGUAAUUUUCAACAACAUAACACAAAAUCAAUCUCUUCAUUAUUUUUACAAGCUCAAUCAAAUACUAAUAAUACCACUCUUUUAGAUUCUACGACAUUAACAGCUAUUAAUAAUAAGAAAAAUCAAAUGAAAAAUAAUAACACUACUGUACAACUGCCUACUGCAAUUGUUCUUAAUUUAACGAAGCCAACUAAAAUAAAUGGAUCAUUACUUGGUGCAUUAGUUGCUCAAGCCCAAGUCCAACAACAACAACAGCAACAUCAUUCGGUUUCAACGACAACUACGACAGCGACAACUACUACCACUGAGAGUAAAUCAUGUCAGUCACCGUACGAUGAAACUACAAAAUUAUUAAAGGUUAAAAUAGAACCACUUCAAAAAAAUCACAUUAAAAGUCAAGUAGUUGAUGAUGUACUGGAAAUUUUAAUAAAAAAUGGUGAAUUACCACCGAGUGCCGCUCAAGACCCUUCAACUCCUACAACACCAAAUCGUCAAUUACAACAAAAUUUAAUAUUUUCAACAUCUGUAGACAAUGAAACACCAUCUCUAGUUUUUUCAACAUCAAACCCAUUGAGUCCAAUGGCUAUGGACGUUAGUCAAAGUGAUUGUCCAAAUUCACCUAUUUCCUCUGUUCAACCUCCAAUACCACCUCCUUUACCACUUGCUACAUUUUCUGUUCAAUUACCUAGUGCAUUACAACAACAACAACAACACAAAUCACAAAUUUCAUCAUUUAUUAAUUCCAAUAACGAUAAUGAUACUGCAAUGUUACUUAGUCCACAAUCUACUCAACAAGGAUCUCCUGAUCCUCAACCACCUCAAGAAGUUACUUCAUCUGAUAAUUCAAGAGAUUUAGAUCUCAAGGAAUUGGGAUUAGACCUUGAAACAUUGGAUACAAUGGAUUUUGGUCAAUUAGAUUGUGAUUUAAGAGUAAAAAUGGAAACUCCACAAGAAUUUAUGGAGAUUGGUGAUAUGCCAAUGGAUAUGGAUGAUUCUGAUUGGCUUGAUUCGUUGAUGCCACAAUCACCAUCAUCAUUAGCAAAUUCAACCAUCACCACAAAUACAUCUAGUGUUGCUGCAAAUACAAUUUCAACAACAACUACUGUAACUACAUCUAAUUCUAUUCAUUUUUCUAUUCCUACAUCUGUUGAAUCUACAGCCAAUGAUCUUUAUGAUCCACUGCUCGCUAAUAGUCAGGAUCCAUUUGAUCUUUUUAACAUCGAAGAUUCUGAUUUUAAAAUGUCAUCAGAUCUUACAUUAACAUGGGACAAAGUUGAUUUUGCAGCAUAGCCCUUAACAAUAUGGCCAUAUGUACUUAACAAUGAAAAUUUUUUACCACUAAUAUGAUUAAAAAUAAAUAAAUCGUAUGACAGUCAUUAAAAUGAUAAUUAAUUAUUGAUGAUUUACACAAUAAAUUAUGUGUACUUAUUAAUAUAAAAAUAUGCACUUUGAAAGUUUUAUAUAUAUAUAUACAUAUUGAUACAUAUAUAUAUAGAAUAAUCAAUUGAAAAAUGGUAAAAAAAUGUAAUAAAUAAAAAAAUCUUUUAUACUAGGAAUACGUCGCGAAGAAAACUCGCAAUCAAGUGACGACCUAGUCAAUUAAUAAUACACAUAAUAAUAUAAUGUAUAAAUAUAAAUAAAUUUUUAAUGUAUUAUGAUGCUAGAUAUAAUCAAUUAAGAAGAACGAAAUAAAGAUACAUAUAAAGACGAAAGAUAAUUCAUCAUUGUGGACCAAGACUGGAACAAAUGUGUACGUACUAUAUAAUAAAUUUAUAUAGUACUAAUGAAUUGAUAAAAUUGUUCAUUUGUAUCGGUGGCUAAUCAAAUAAAAAAACAUUUUAAAUAAUGAUAAA